GACACGUCAGUUCAAGAAAUAGCAAAGCAAGUGGUGGUGGUGGCAAAAAUAUUAUUACGUUUUGUUUAUCGUUAAUUAUUAGAUUUAUACAUCAUAACCUUGUUAUAUCGGGUGUCCCCGAAGAUUUAUAUUGCUACGGUGAAUUGUGUCGUAUAUUUCCGUCAUUAAUGUUAGCAGAUCGUAGUGAGCUAUGUCGUACAAUAAAAACGUCGAUAACAUUCCCGAGACGGGCCAACUGGAGGCUCCUGAUAUCAAUAUAGCAGUAGCAACCAGUGAGGUGUCCAGUGUAGCAGGAAGUGUAAAAAGUGUAAAGACGCACCAGCGAGUAUCAUCUUCCUCUGAGAGACAGAUCAAGUUUGAAAGAGCUCAGAAGUGCCUAGAAAAUGCUGCACUUGUGUCAAAACGGAUCAAGGAACACCGCAAAGCUACUGCAGAACUCUUGGGAAGACCCUUUGAGGAUGACGAUCUUGACGACUCUGUGUCUGAGAUGGCGUCCACCGUGAGUGAAAGAACUGGUUACUCCGUGGCCACUGAUACAUCCACCACUCUCUCAGUUCAAGAAGCCUUAAACAUUCCAGGCAUCAGUGAAAGUUUAGCAAAUACAUUAAAACAGAAAGAAUUACUAAUGGAAAGGAUAAAGCAAUACAAGGAAAUAAGUAAAAAACCUAUGUAUAAAUCACCAAUUAGUAAAAAAGAAUCAGUUUCAGAGCCCAAGUUUGAAGUCAAAAAGAGUUUAGGUACCAGUGAUCUUACGCAGCUUCAUAACACAAUCAAAGAAAAGGAAAAUGCCUUGACUUUAAUCCAGGUAAAAAUGAAGGCAAUGGAAAACACCAUCCUAGAUUUACAAGAAAUGAUUAAUGAAAAAGAUCAAAUAAUUGAAGCAAAAAAUAAAGCUAAUGUACUUAUGUCAGAAAGUUUUAGUAAAAAAGAAAAAGAAUUACAAGUUAUACUUGAGGACACUAGGCAGCAAAUGUCAAAAAUGCAAGAAAAUUUCGUUGAAAUAGAAGAUGCAUGGAAUAAAGAAAAACAUAAAUUGUCUGAAGAGCUCAAGGAAAAAGAUGAUAAAAUUAAACACCUGGAGGAAGCUAAGGCCAUCUUAGAUAAUUCUAGAUUUGAAAUAAGUGUUGACCAGUCAAAGCUAAUUGAAGAACUUGAGUCCAAAAACAACGAAAUUUUAUCUUUAAAAGAGAAAAUUGAGUUAUUGGAACAAAUGUCUCCGCAACAAUCCUCACCGGACCAAAUCGAAAUAGUUGAGGUAGAAAAGGCAAGUUUGGAGAUAACUGAUACAACUGAGCUUAUGAAAAAGAUCGAAUUUUUGGAAAAUUUGAAUUCUCAAAUUAGACAAACUAACAAGGAGUUAGAAAAUAACUUGUUGAAAAAUAUUCCUGAAUCUACUGCUACAGUUUCCCCUAGCAAAAGUACCAAAAGUCCUCUUCCCGCUCGUAAAGGUGGUAGAGCUGCUAAAUCAAAGUCACCUUGGAGCAACAUUUCUUCUGAACCAGCAACUACAGAAGCAGAGAAAAAAGCAGCUAAAUCUGAUCUCUCCAAGCUAGAGACAGUUAUUCAGUCACUCAACAAAGAUAUUUUGGAUAAAGAAUAUGAAAUAACGAAAAAAGAUGCUUUGAUAUCUGAACUUCAGGCUACAAAUUCUAAAUUUGAAAAUACUUUGAAAGAACUCCAAACGACUAUAGAACAACCAAAGAAAUCUGUGGUGACACUUGAUGUUGGAAGCUCAACGGAUCCCACUGAGUUUGCACCUUCUCUAGAAGGCCAAAGUGAAGAAAUAAGCUCUGAAGACAUAAAAGACCUGCAAAUAAAACUGAAAGAAGCAGAAGAUCAGAUUGCAAGUCUUACAAGUGAAAUUGAAGCAGCUAAUAAGAAUAUGAUUAAGGUGAAAUCAAACCAUAAGUUAAAAUUAAAACAGAUGCAGAAAACUAUCGACAAUUUUAGCAAAGUAUCUGACUCUAACGCAGAAAUAAUUAAAUUGAAUGAAGAGAUGCACCAAUUGACGCAAAAAGUGGCAGAGUUAGAAGAAGAGAAGGGCAAUUUGCAGUUGCAUCUGGUUGACUAUGAUAGUGGACGACUGACAGAAUCAGAUGUGUACAAAAAACUUUUGGAAAUGGAGAACUUAGCUGAGGCAAGAUUGAAAUCUAUCAGUGUUUUAGAAGCGCAAAAAUUCGACUUAGUUCAAGAAUUACACAUUCUACAACAAAAGAACGCUGAGAUGGAAGACAAAUUGGAAGAUAUGUCUCAUUUACAUAGUGAACAAGUCAGUUCUGAAAUGAAAUCUGUUCAAUUAGAGGAACAAGUUGAUGAACUUAUAGCUUCACGAAAAGAGCUAGAACUUGUAGUGGAAAACCUUAAACUUGAUAAGGAACAUUUAAAUGACACAAUUAAGUUGUUAGAAGAGGAAAAAGAGGAACUUAAUCAUAAAUUACAACAUUACGCCCAAGAAAAUGUCGAAUUAACUGACAAACUUGAGAAACUUAGUGCAGAAAAAGUCAGUUCUGCUGAAUCCAUAGAAAUCGUUGAAUCACUGACAACUCAAGAAAAGCUUGAGCUUGAACAGUACAAUAAAGGAAUAACCGAGAGCAAAGUAGAUCCGGAUCUCACUAACGAAUACAAAGGAACGUUGACACCAGAAUGCAAUGAAAAUAUCGAAAAACUAGUUGAAGAAAGUGCCGAAUUAAAUAAAAAGAUUGAACUUUUUACUCAAGAAAGACAGGAAGUCAUGGAGAAAAUGGGACAUAUUAGUUCAGAAAACGAAACCCUUCAAAAGACUAUAGUGGAUUUGACUGAAAGGUGCAGCUGGUUAGAAUCUAAUAUUAACGAAUUGGCAAAACAGAAAAACGAUUAUGAAGCAUUGACUGAAGACCUUAAUCGUCAACUCGAAGAGCUCAAACAUGAACGCGCUGAAAUGAUCAAGGGCAGCAUGGAGGCCACCAAGCCAUCUAGUAUCGAGGACGUUGCUGAAGCAAUAGCGUCAGAUCCACAGCACGAUGACAAGUCAACUGGUGACAAAGCUAUUAGUAGAACCAAAUCUGUUAAACAGUUGACAAAAGAAAUACUGAAACUUAAAAAUACUAUCAAAGAAAGAGAAGCAGAAAUUGGAGACUGUCAGAUGAAAAUCUUAUCAUUAGAAGAGCGGCAUCAGAAACAAAACGAACUUAUUCAGAAUAACGCUUCCUAUGAAGGUAAGAUCAAAGCCUUGAUAGAAGUAAACAAACAAUUAAGGGAAGAAUUGGGUGUGGUUAAAAAAGAUACAGAAGCUGAACAACAACUGAUUAAAUUACAGGAAGCAAAUAAUUUGUUGCAUCUAGAACUACUAAACAUACAGAAAGAAUACGCAACUGCAAUAAACACUCGUGAUGCCAGGAUAAAUGAAGUGGAGAAUAUGUUACUAGAUUACGAGAAGCAGAUAAUACAAUAUAGUAAUACUUUGCAACAGAAAGACAAGGAAAUUUCAGAAUAUAUCAAUCAGAUAACUAAAUUAAACAAUGUUUCUCAAAAAUUAAAAUCAACUGUUGAUCUACUUGAAGAAGAGAAAUCAAAAGAUCAAAAUGCAGAUUUAAUAAAGUCGUUGAAUAAACAAAUCGCGGCUUUCCAGAGAAAGCUAACUGAAUAUGAAGAAAAACUGCGAAUGUUCGAAGAGGAAAAAUUGCAAUUGCUUAAUUUAAAAAAUACCAUGGAGGCUAAAAAUACAGCACUCGACACAGAACUGCAAAAACUGCAGGAAGCCUUGUCUGAAAAGCAGGCCCUAAUUAAAGAAUUACAAAUACAACAACAGAAACACACAGAAGAAAUGAAUUCCGUUACCGAACAAGUUAAAGAACGAGACGAAGAAAUUCAUGAAAUUAAACUACAGUUGAGAAAAGAAUCUAUUGAGAAUGAGAAGUUACGCAACAGUUUAUCUGAAAAAGAAAACGCUACAACAAGCUUUACGAAAGAAUAUGAUGAAAUUAACGCAAAACUCGAAAGGUUGGUACAAGAAAAAGAAGAAAUAAACGAAAAAUAUUUAACUGCGGAAAAUAAAAACAAGGAGCUAAUGGAGAAAUUGAAAAAGUUUGCUGUUAAUUUCAAGAAGAAAACCACCGGAUAUGCUGCAUUGGAAACAGAGUUCAGCGAAAUUCAAAAACAACUUCAAGAUAAAAAUGCGAAACUGGAGGAAUUAUUGACUCAAACCGAGUCUGUUCCUUUAAUGCAAGAUAAGCUUAAGAAUGCUGAAGACGAAUUGAUUAGAAUAAAAACUCAAAAUCAAACUUUGGAACAGCAGAACACAAAGCAUAUUGAACAUUUACAUGGUGAAUUAAAAAUAACUCAAGACCGUUUGACGAAUGCUGUUAAUGAAAUUUCUGGGAUGAAUCAUUCAAUUCAUGCCUUGGCAAAUGAGCGAGAUGCUGUUUUGGAGGAAAAUAAAUCACUUAAAAAUCAAGUUGACGCCUACAAUAAAAAGAUGGUUGAAUAUGAAAUAGAACAAAAAAAUAAUACUAACUUUGUUACUAAAAUCGGUAGCUUGGAAGCAGAAUUAAAUCAAAAACAAAAUCAAAUAGAAGAGUUGACAAAUGCACUUAAUCUUCAAGAGCAACAGAUUAGUCAAGUUCGGUUUGGAUAUGACGCCAAACUGCAAGAAUCAGACUUAUACAUAGAAAGUCUAGAUUCUGAAAUGACUAAAUACAAAAGUCGCAUUUGCCGCCUCGAGGAUACUAUAUCCGCCAUGGAGGAUAGGCGCCAUUCGUUAGAACGCAAAGCGGAUCAGCUUGGUAGUCAAUUAGAAGAAAAACAUAAAGCUUACACUCAAUACACUAGCCAAGAAGAUGAGCUAGUAAGUAGAUUAGCGGUCUUAAUGGACCACGACAGAGUUGUUGAAAAACAAUUGCACGAAAUCGAAAGUGAAAACAAAGAAUUACAAAUCAAAGUACAACAUUUAAGUGACGAAAAUCUGCGCUUGAAAACUUCCUUGUCGGAUAUACAAGAAUAUUGUAAUACACUAACCGACAAAGCUAGUAAAGCUGAUUCUGCGGAGUCUGAUGUUGUACAGUACAGAACGCAAGUCAAUGAGCUCGAAAAUCAAUUAAAACGAAUGUCUCAGGAUCACCAUACUCUUUUAGUGCAAAGAAAACACGACGUCGAAGAACUAGAAACAGAGUUUAACACACAAAUUGAAAACGCCAUCAAAGAGAAGAAAAUACUGAGCGAGAAAUACGAAAAAACUUGUGAGCAUGUUAGUCAAUUAGACAACAAAUUACAGGAGUAUGUGAAUACUAUUCAUACAUUAAACUUAAAUGUUGAAGAGCUAAACAAAAUCAAUCAGGAAUUAAGAGAAAAUUCUGCUAGUAAAGAACAAGCUCAAUCCGCGGAUUAUACUGAGCAAUACAUCAGUGAAAUAAAUAGAUUGAACUCUGAGCUUAAUAAUAAAAAUCAAGAAAAAAUUGAUCUCAACAACACAAUACAAUCACUGCAGGCCAACAAUGCAGCAGCAAUAUACAAAUUAGAGACUCAUAUAUCGGAAUUAAAUGCAAAAUUACAGAAUAGUUCAAUGGAGCUAGAACAACUUGCCUACAAAUCGCAAGCAUUAACUCAAAACAAUGAACAGCUACAGUCAAUGCUCUCCCAAAAAGAUGAAGAAAUCAAACAAAUGUCUGAGAAUAAGAAAAUGUUUUUUGAAAUAAAUGUUCCAAAAACUGAAGGAAUGGUUAUAUCAUCAACUAUUGAACCUUUAAAGAGCGAGGUUAAACCUUUCGAUGUUUCCUCACUUGAAUCUCAAAUUCUUCCUGAUGUGCCCUUAAUUGAACCUAAAACUAAAACAAAAUCUCCGAAAGUUUCGAAAGAUACUCAAGAACAAGCUGCAGCAUUGCACGCCGGUCAAGAAGUCACUGAGCCAAAAAUUGUACCUAAGAAGUCUUAUUUGUGUUAUAAAGGAGAAGAUGUCCCACAAGAGUCUGAUCCGUUCAAUUCUGAUGAAGGUUGGGGCCUAGGUGAGGGUGAAGAAACAGCAGAUGUCAUGCCCGGUUUGUCCCAUUUGCAAGAACAACUGGAGCAACUUAAGAAAGAUAAUGACACUUUAAAAGCCGAACUUCAAGCAAGCAAUACCAAGCUACUUAAAGCGAUGAAAAAACUAAAAGAGCUUAAAUCUGCCAAUGACAUGUUGGCAAAUGAACUUAAAAUAUCUAAGCAAAUAUCUCAGUCAUCAUUUUUGGAUUCAGCCAUAGAGGAUGAAUUGAGAAUUAAUAUCCAAGAUCUAGAGAAGAAGUUAGAUGAUAUAAGUACAGAAUUAAACAAAGAAAAAAGAGAGAAGGAAGCUAUUAAGAAACAAAACGAGGUUAUUCAAAAUGCGAAUGACAGGUUAACUGAAAUGAAAGAAAAAAUGGAUAGUGAGUUAGAACUUUGGAAAUUUAAAUUUAAGGAAGCUAAUGAUAAGAUGUCGACGUUGCAGUGGGGAGCAGAUACCAAAGAUUCCCCAGAUCACAAGCCCUGUACUGCUGCAUCAGAUUCUAAUCAAGUAUAUCUCUAUGAUGAAAUACAAAAGCUUGAAAAAGAAAAUGACGAGCUACAUUUCAUGAUUGAGCAAUUAAACAGCCAAAAUAAAGAAUUAAGUUUACAACAAGCUAGUUUGAAGGAGGAGUUAACUGUUAGUGAACAACAUGCAACUUGUAACAAUUGUAAGACUCUUACAAGCCAAUUAGAUGACAUGAAAAAUUCUAAUCUUGACUUAUCGCGCAACAUUGAAGAACUAAAAAAACAAUUGGGUGAAAUUGAACUUAAAUUAAGCGAAAAAAGCCAAUAUGCCGAAUCACUCAAAUCAGAUUAUGAGCAAUUGCAAUUAUUGUCAACCAAUAAUGAAAAAGAGUUAACUACUAAAAAUAAUACAUUUGAAGAAGAAAUUUAUUCCUUAAAGACUGAUGUGAGUAACGCAGUUUCCAAAUCGUCCGAAUUAAUAAGAGAACUAGAAGCAGUUAAUGCUAAACUACUUUGGUAUGAAAAUGAACUACAGACUAAAUCAAAUUCUAACGAAACUGACAAUACGGCUCUUAAUCAGAAAUGUACCGCUUUAGAGCAACAAUUAUUGGCCUUACAAUCUAGUUUAGAAGAAGCCAAUAAAAAACUUACCGACUUGGAAUCAGAAAACAGUAACCUUUUAUUAAAAAUAAAGAAUUAUGAGCUAGAAAUCAGUAAGUUGAAUGAGAAACUUAAAAAUCAUACUACAGAAAAUGACCAACACAGCGACUUCAUACAUAAAAUUCAAGAAUAUGAGCUUAAAAUAAAGGAGCUGCAUGAUAAGCUUCAAAAUCUUAACACUGAAAACGAUCAGCUGUUAUCCACUGUAGCCGAGCUGCGUUCUUCCGUGUCGACGGCAGUCGACCAGAGAGGUUUCGAGAUAGCAGAACUGUGGAAACAACACUUAGCACAAAGAGAAGUAGAUUUGCAGAACACGGAACACGAACUUAGAGCUCAAUUGAGUGCUUCCGAAGCCAAAUAUGAACAGCUUUUAGAUCAUGUCCAAUCGUCCAGUCAAGAAGAAACUAACAAAUUAGUAACUAUGGAACAGGUUAAUUCGUUGCAAAAUAAAUUAAAAGACAAGGAGGAACAUUUAAGUAACCUACAAGAUAAGUAUGGCGAAGUAAUAAGUCAAUUAGAUAUGUUACGCUCAGAAAUGGAGGAUGAGAAGCAUAUGCAUGAAAAUAAAUUAUUAGUUCAGCAAGAAGAAUAUGAGAAACAGUUACAAGAAGUCAUAAAUAGAAACCAAGAAAACACGGACGGUUUUAAACCAGUCAUUCAGUCUCUCGAAACCGAAUUGGCUGUAACAAAAGAGGCUAACGUUGAAUUAAAACAGCAAUUGUUGCAACUAAAUGAGAAAUUACAGCAUGCCGAGUCUACAAUAAUUGAAAUUAAUAGCCAACUGCAAUUAAAAGACAGUGAGAUAUACCAAAAAACACAUGACUACACUAUUGCAUUAGCUCAAAGGAACGAGGAAUUUGAAAACGUCAGGAAACAAUUAGUAGAUUACGAAAAGAAGGUUGAAGACUUAACCUAUGAGAAGGAGUCCGAACUGGCAGUUCUUAGAUUAAAAAUUCACGAUAAUAAUCAAGAUUUUGAUAAACUACGAAAAGAGUACGACGCAGAAAAGACAUAUUUGGCUCAGGCACUGAAUGAAAAAAUUGUAGAAUGUACUAAUCUAAAUAAACAGAUAGCAGAGUUAAAUAAAAUUCUCGAAGAACAUUCCACGAAGGCUUCUGAAACUCAAGAAGUUUUAGAGAAUCAAGAGUAUGAAAUAGUAACCUUGAAAGACGAAAUAGCGAGCCUUCAAGACGCGUUACGUUCCACAAGUAGCAAGAUAGAGAAACACGUCAGGUUUUCUUCGGACACUAAGGCUCCAGCCGAUGGCGAGGCAUCUGAGGACAUGAGCAGUGAUUUGUUAGACGCUGUGCCUCGAGCGGAGUUAGAUCUGGCUUUGUACAUGUUGCACCAGAGAGAUGUCCGCUGUGAGGAGCUGACGAUGGAACUCACGCAGUUGUUAGAGGAGAGGGAUACGCUUCAAUUGCGUUUAUCGGACAGCCUGCGGUCGUGCGAGGAGAUCAAGUUGAAGUGUGUGGCGGCCGGACUGGACGUGUCGACGAGCUCUAGUGAGGCUGCCCUGGAGCCGCCGAGCGUGAGCGCGGAGAAAGAGCAGCAGUUUGUGGACACUCACCGCGGCCAGUCUCGAAGCAGCAGCAUAAGCGAUCCUGAUGGAGAGAAACCAAAGUUACAAGCCAAGUUAUCGGAGCUCCGCAGCGUCAAGCACAGUCGCGACGUAGUGCUGAGGCACGAAAGCGAGGCGAGGGAGCUCGGCAUGCGGCUGCUGCAUCGCGACGUUGCCAACCUUCCCCCCGAGGCCGUGCACCAGCUGACGCAGGCGCACCACACGCUCUGUGAGUACUGCAUGUCCGAUACUUGCGACACGAGAGCGAGGCGAGGGAACUCGGCAUGCGGCUGCUGCAUCGCGACGUUGCCAACCUUCCCCUCGAGGCCGUGCACCAGCUGACGCAGGCGCACCACACG